AUGCCAAGAGCUCCAAGAACUUACUCUAAAACUUACUCUACUCCAAAGAGACCUUACGAAUCAUCUCGUUUAGAUGCCGAAUUAAAAUUAGCAGGUGAAUUUGGUUUAAAGAACAAGAGAGAAAUUUACAGAAUUUCUUUUCAACUAUCUAAAAUUCGUCGUGCUGCUAGAGAUUUAUUGACAAGAGAUGAAAAGGAUCCAAAAAGAUUAUUCGAAGGUAAUGCCUUAAUCAGAAGACUAGUGAGAGUUGGUGUUCUAUCUGAAGAUAAAAAGAAAUUAGAUUAUGUCUUGGCUUUGAAGAUUGAAGAUUUCUUAGAAAGAAGAUUACAAACUCAAGUUUAUAAAUUGGGUUUAGCUAAGUCUGUUCACCAUGCUAGAGUUUUGAUCUCUCAAAGACACAUUGCUGUUGGUAAGCAAAUCGUUACUAUUCCUUCCUUCAUGGUUCGAUUGGACUCUGAAAAACAUAUUGAUUUCGCAUCUACCUCUCCAUUUGGUGGUGCAAGACCAGGUAGAGUUGCCAGAAAGAACUCUGUUAAGAAAUCUGAAGGUACUGACGAUGCUGAAGCCGCUGAUGAGGAAUAA